AUGAGUGGCAAUCCUUUUAACUUGUUGAGUAUUUCUAUUGCGGAAUUUGAUAAACUAAGUGGAAAUAGUUUAACUCACACAUACCCGACAGAUGUUCACUUGGAAAAGUAUUACCCUACCAGUAAUAUUGCUGAUAAAUGUAUUCCUGAUGGAGCUCAUAUUUACCAUGAAGAUCAAACCGGAAUAAUAUUACCAAUAACCGAGGAUAACACAGAAUUAAUUCAAGUGCUUCACAAGUACAUUUCUUCCUUUAAAUUCACAACUUCACCUACACCACCCAAACCAAUACCAUCAUCACCAUCAUCUAAUAUACCAAAUAAUAAUGAUAAUGGUUUUCAAAAUUCACAAUACUUAUAUGGAAGUGUUUUCUUCAGGAACAAACUUGAUGACAGAGUGCGAAGAGGAGCAAUUCAAAAGAGUAUUCUUGUUGUAACAACAAAGCCACUCUUCACUCUCUUUAUUCCUCUUAUGAGGGAUGCAAUUGAUAGGAUUUCGCCCUAUGUGACUAUUGGAGAUCAAAAAUUGAGUGAACAUGUCUAUGUGUGUGGAAUGACUAAUCCAUUACUAGAAAAUUCUAAAUAUGGAUGGGAUUACUAUGCCAGUAUUGCUGCUGAUAACACUCUUUCGGUGGGCAGUGUUAGAUUUCCAAAGAUUUCAUUUGAGGGCUCUGACUCUCCUUUAAGAAUAUUCCCUCCAAAACUUGUGAAAAGCAAACAUUCACAAAGUUAUAGUGGUGAAUUGAGAUUAUCACCCAAAAAAACACCCACUUCUAUUAAGAGUAUAUACAGGAAGCUUAACCCAUUCAUUUCAUCCAAAAAUGAAUCACAAUUUUCUCAAAAGGAUCUCAUUUCUCAAGUCGUAUCUGAUGGAGAACUGGAGUUCCUUUGGCCAUAUAUAAUGCCUAACAGUGAAUCCAUGUUAGAUUGGACUGUAACAGGGCAUGUUACAUUGUACAAAAUGACAUUAUGUAUCAAAGAUGGUUUAAAUACCUUUUAUUCAAGACAUAGUGGACCUUUGAGCCACAAAUAUGAAAAAGUGCUAGCAAAUAUUCAUUUCAUAUUAGGAAAACUUUUUAAAGAAAACGAAGAAGUAAUUUAUUCACAGGAACAACUUGCUUAUUUGGAUAGAAAAUCACUCGAUGAAAAGGAAAAAAUACUGAAUGAACAAACAGCUAAAAACAAGAGAGAUAGUUCAUUCCUACAUAUCAAAUUGCAAAAACCAUUAGAACAAGAAUAUAUGGUGAUCAACUCAGAAGUUAAGCAAACAUCUCAAAGAUCUUUGUUUGUACAUAAGGUUGUUCGUCUUCAACUUGAUUCUAACAAGCAAUAUACCUUUUUGGAGAACCCAGAAUAUUUUGUUUACGUUGUGAAUCGAGUUAGUGAAGAACAAACUGAGCUCACACAAGUUCAUGUAAUAAGAGCAACUAAUCUUAGUGAAAAACGAGACAAGUAUACAUACUUUAGUUCAGCUUUAGAAACUAGAAAAUUACUAAUCGAAAGAUUGGAUAAAGAUGCAACAGAUUAUAGCAACAUUGUAGUGAGUGAUUCAGAUUCGAGUGAGGAUGAGGAUUUAGGAUCAAGUGAAUAA